GUCCUCUGGCUCUCUCUUCUCGCGCUCUUCCAAAGAGGGAGAAACGCAAAGAGAGAGAGAGAGAGAGAGAGAGAGAGGCUGGCAUAGGGCACCACCACCUCUUUGGAAAGACAGACUGAUUUUUCUUCUAAUUCUCCGUCGUACUCAUUGAUCCUUCUGAGGUGUACAAAAGUGACCCCACCCACCACCAGUAUUUGUCACAGAGAGAGAGAGAGAGUUGUAUCUGAUUCUGAUCGGAUUACAAACUCAGAUUUGUGAGGACGGGCUCGAUAGGAUAUGCAGUUUGUUGUUUCCAAUUGCGACAGUCUCUUCCUCUUUGACUCUUCUCCUCGUCGAUCGAUCUGGAAUUAGGGAUUUCCCAGAGAAUCAUCGCCCCAUCUGAUUCAAAAGGCUCUUCCACGGAGUUUCCACCUCCAAGGGCCAGGGCUAGGGUUAGGUUUAGGCUUAGGACAUCAACGCGAAUGGAAGCGUCCAGUGGUAACACGGACGCGUACAGAGGUUCAUCCGCCACUACUAAUAAUUCUAGAAGAUACGGAAUGCAUUUCUCUGCGUCCAAUUUUUUCCACUCACCGGUAUCUACAUUUUUGGAAUACACGGGCAUUCUACGGACACGUUCCAAUCAUCCAGAAACGGAUAGUUUGAUAGGCAAUGGGGUCUCUGUUGGUUUUCGGGAUCGCAUUCCUACCCGCUCAGUUGAUUCUGCGGCCACAGGGAAUGGUGGGGAGGUUUCCAUUAGGAUUAUUGGUGCCGGUGAACCAGAGCAGCAUGAUAGGGUUGGGGCUGUAUUGCCUUCUCCAACACUUGGGCCUGUCCGAGAGGGUGCGUCCCAGAAUGAAGUACUUGUCCAGCCAAUUUCGCGAAUAGCAUCCGCGGCAUCAGUGGCAUCGGCAUUCGAGGGUCAGGCGGAUUCUAGGAGUGAACGCGGGACUGCAGAGGGUGGUUCUCAGUCAAUGAAUGGCAAUGUUGAUGUGGAGGCUGCGGAUGGGGUUGGGGUGAAUAACAGGGAUUCUUCUUACCAGAGAUAUGACAUACAGCAGGCUGCGAGGUGGAUCGAGCAAGUUCUUCCGUUCUCUUUGCUUCUGUUGAUCGUUUUCAUCCGGCAGCAUUUGCAAGGUUUUUUUGUUACAAUUUGGGUAGCUGCAGUUAUGUUCAAGUCGAAUGAUGUUCUGCGGAAGCAAACAGCUCUGAAGGGUGAGAGGAAGAUAGCUGUUCUUAUUGGCAUAUCUCUUGUGUUCAUGCUUCAAGUGUCUGGGGUUUACUGGUGGUAUCGGAAUGACGAACUUUUGUAUCCCUUGGUCAUGCUACCUCCGAAAGCUAUACCUCCUUUUUGGCAUACUAUUUUCAUUAUUAUGGUCAAUGAUACUUUGGUUCGUCAAGCAGCAAUGGUACUCAAGUGCAUCUUAUUAAUGUAUUACAAAAAUAGCAGAGGCCUGAAUUACCGUAAGCAGGGUCAGAUGCUAACUUUAGUCGAGUAUCUGCUGCUUCUGUACCGUGCCUUGUUGCCAGCUCCAGUUUGGUAUCGUUUCUUCUUGAACAAAGAAUAUGGGAGCCUUUUCUCAUCACUAAUGACUGGGUUGUAUUUGACUUUCAAGCUUACCUCUGUUGUUGAGAAGGUGCAGUCCUUUUUUGCUGCUUUAAAGGCAUUGUCUCGUAAAGAGAUUAAUUAUGGAGCUUAUGCAACAUCUGAGCAGGUUAAUGCGGCAGGAGACCUUUGUGCUAUUUGCCAGGAAAAAAUGCAUUCACCAAUAUUGCUUCGUUGUAAACAUAUUUUUUGUGAAGACUGUGUAUCGGAGUGGUUUGAGAGGGAAAGGACAUGCCCAUUGUGCAGGGCUUUGGUGAAACCUGCAGAUCUUAGAUCAUUUGGCGAUGGAUCCACCAGUCUGUUUUUUCAGUUAUUCUAAAAUUGCUAGCAGUUAAAACCAGGAAGUUUAAGCUUCAAUCCGUGUUCAAAGCAGCUGUGUCUUGAUCAUCUCAUCGACAAGGGAAUCUUUCUGCAUCUGCAGUGCCAAAGGAAAUCAAAUUAUAGUGGUUUGGUAGAACUGAACUGGCCAUCUGUUCAUAUGUUGUAUGGAAAAAGUUAAUGUAUGUAAUGCAUCAAUGAAGCUGCAAGAGUUGCAACUGUUCAUCUGGUAUAAAUGAAAGCCUUUUGAAUAAAUAACUUUUUUUUUUUAUCCUUGUGAAUCUUUAUCAUGUUUGGGUUUCAAAAAAAGGGAUCCGGAUUUUAUGCAAGCU